AUGGACAUUAAAAAAAAACUUGAAAAACAGCAAAAAUUAGAAGCGGAACAGAAACGACGUCAAAAACAUCAGGAAUAUUUGGCUGCUGUGCUGCAACAUUCGAAAGAUUUCAAAGAGCAUCACCGUAAUAAUUUGGCCAAAGUGGCAAGGUUAAACAAAGCCGUAUUGAAUUAUCAUGCGAACGCGGAAAAAGAGCAGAAGAAAGAACAGGAAAGAAUCGAAAAAGAACGUAUGAGACGUUUAAUGGCCGAAGACGAAGAAGGUUACAGAAAAUUAAUCGAUCAGAAAAAAGAUAAACGUUUGGCUUUUCUUCUCUCUCAAACCGAUGAAUACAUUAGCAAUCUUACAGAAAUGGCAAAGGAGUGUUGGCAAAGCGAUGGAAGAAUUCUCAGCGAACCUUUCAUGAAAUUACCAUCUAAAAAUAAAUUACCGGAUUAUUACGACAUAAUAAAAAAACCUUUGGAUAUAAAGAAAAUAUUUAACAGGAUAGAAGAUGGAAAAUAUUCGGAUUUUGACGAUUUGGAAAAGGAUUUCACUCAAAUGUGUAAAAAUGCUCAAAUAUACAACGAAGAAGCUUCUCUCAUACACGAAGAUUCGAUCGUACUUCAAUCCGUGUUUACGAACGCGAGACAAAGAUUGGAACAGGAUGCGGAAACGGAUGAGGAUAAAGACGGUGGAGACGAGGAUGGAAAUUCCGAAUCGGAAUCCGUUAGAAUGAAAAUAAAAAUAAAAAGUGGAAAAGGAGGAAGAGGAGGUGAGGGAAUAGGAAGCACGAGAAGGAGGAAAAUUCAACCAAAGUACACGAAUAGCGAUGACGAAGACGAAGAUGAUUGA